CUGAUUGAGAGAGAUAUCUCGAGCAGGCCCACUUCCGCUAUGCUUUUCUCCAAGUCCCAAACCCAGUCUCACCUCACUCCGUCCGUCCGUCCGUCCGGCGUCGUCUUCCUCCGCCAGCGCCGCCGCUCCAUCUGCGAUUCCUCAUCGGCGUCGCCGUUCUUAGUUGCUCCCGUCAUCUUGCCACAUGCUGGAUUAAUCCCCAUUGCUUCUUCUCGUCGGCGCGGUGCUCGCAAUCGACGGAGUCGGCAGUCUAGCAACGACGCGUUCCUGGCCGGCACCGCCAGUCAACCAGAUGUUCAUUUCGUACCUUUUGCUGUGGGUAACUUCGAAGCUUCAGCUAUUUGCAGUGAGGGAUUAUAAGAGGACUGAUGCAUUCCCACAGCAGCUCUGCUCAUCAACCUGAUGACGAUUUUUUUAGAUAUCCAGUUUAUUUUCCUGGUUUCUUGCUCUUCCUUGAUUCCAUCUUAGCUAUCGAGUCUGAAGUCACACUUGCAGUCUGAUUUUAUAGACAUUCUCCUAGUUGAUACACCAUCUUCAGGUUCCUGCUCAGGCAAUACGCUUUGGCGAAUGUGGCGUGAUUACUGCAGAGUACAGAGGCUGCAUGCUGCGAUUGGCGUCAACUGCUUCAUAGAAAUCAGACUCUUCCCAACUGCACAUCAUAGGGUGCGUUGACCCAGUCUGGUCUGCAAUCUUUGUCGUGCUUCCGAGGUAUCUGGCAUCGGUUGUGAUGCAGCCUUGGUGCUUUGUGUCCUGCCUCUUCGCCACUAAUGGCUUGAGUUUGGACAAGGCGAACUGUGUGCCAUUGUAGACUUGUAGUCAUGGUGGGUGUGGUUUCUAACCUCUUGGUUUAGCAUUAUAUGCUAAAAGGCGUCGUGUCCCCUCUUCUUCUAUGCUAUUGAUAUACCUCUCCGUGGUGGAUUGUUGAAAAAAAAAUGUUUAUUGAGAUACAAGCUAAAAUGAAAUUUGAUCGUUUUUUUUCUAGAAAAAAAGCUAAUUUGAUCCGUGGACAGAACGCGAUUGCUGCUGGUGUUGUCUCUGUAAAAAUCUUGAUACAGGGUUUUCAAACUUUUUUGAGUUCACCCAUCUGGGUGUUCUUGUUACUGAGUUCAGUCACCUUUUCUCCCCACCACUUUGCACAGUUCAGCAGAGGAUGAGCUGCACCAUUAUUAAUGAACUCUGCAAGAGUCCAUUCUUUUAGGUAAUAAUGUUUUUUUAGUGUACUAUUAUUUUGUGAUCAGGUAUAAGUUUGCCUCCUUUGUUUAAAAGUAUACUUUGCAGCUAAGCCGAAAGCCUAUCAAUUAAUAUAUAAAAACCUCAACUUGGCAGAAUAUUGUCAGUAAAUGCCAAGAUCAGAAAGCACAAUAAUAAAGAAUCAGAAACUGAAGAAGACAAAAACAGCAUUAAUAUCCUAGAGUUGUAAAACGGAUGAGAAUCUUGUGGAUUACAUAGUGUACUCCUUGACAAGAAGUCCUCCCUCUUUCCUCACUCUGUGCCAUGGGGAAACUUCAUCUGCUAGCUCUGCUUCUUCCUGUACUUCUUGGGUUAUCUCUGUUGUACAUCUGUGAGAUACUAUGGCUGAGGCCAGAGAGGAUAAGAAAGAAACUAAGGAAGCAAGGUGUGAGGGGUCCCAGGCCUACUUUGCUCUAUGGCAACACCCAGGAGAUAAAGAGGAUCCGACAAGAGGCAUUGCCUGCGCAGAAGCAAGACACCAGUAACUACAUGUCCACCCUCUUCCCCCACUUCAUGAUCUGGAGGGAAACAUAUGGGUCGGUAUUCCUCUACUCAACAGGAGCGGUGGAGGUUCUGUAUGUUUCUGACCCUGGCAUGGUCAAGGACAUGAGCCACUGCACAUCAUUUGAGCUCGGGAAGCCUAUUUUUAUACAGAAAUCUCGCAAAGCGCUCUUUGGUGAAGGCAUCUUGGUGGCAAAUGGCGAUAUAUGGGCCUAUCAGAGAAAGAACAUUGCACAAGAGUUCUUCAUGGAGAACAUUAAGGUCAUGAUAGAACUAAUAGUGGAGGCUUCUGCCCCACUGCUAGAAGUAUGGGAUAGUAUGCUUGACGACACGGGAGGGAGUAGAGAGAUAGAUGUGGAUGGUUAUUUGCGGAGUUUUUCGGCGGAUGUAAUAGCCAGGACAUGUUUUGGCAGCGAUUUCGCAACAGGGGAAGAAAUAUUCUACAAGCUCAGGCAGCUUCAGAAGGCGAUUUCUCAGCAAGAUGCACUUGUUGGAUUAUCCACAGUGUGGAAGAGUUUGCCGACCAAGGCCAAUCGAGAGAUACAAAAGCUGGAGCAAGAAGUUCGGUUACUCAUCCUCAAUGUCACAAAGGAACACAGCCGUGGCAGCAGCAACGAAGACGACGAUUGCAUAAAGACUAAACACAAUGGCCUUCUGCGCUCGAUUGUCAACAGUGCUCGCCAUUGUCCGGCCAGCUACCGUGGUAGCGCCGAGGACUACAUCGUUGACAACUGCAAGAGCAUCUACUUUGCUGGGCACGAGACUACGGCCGUCACCGUCACCUGGUGCCUGAUGUUGCUGGCCACACACCCGGCGUGGCAGGACCGUGCCCGUGCCGAGGCUCUAGAGGUGUGCCGUGGAGGCACAGAGCUCGACGUCGACGUCCUCCGGCGACUGAAAACGAUCACCAUGGUGAUCCAGGAGACUCUCCGGCUGUACCCUCCGGGGUCAUUGAUUAUGCGCGAAGCGCUGAAGGACUUCAAGUUCGGUGGGCUCGACAUCCCGCGUGGAACGAUCAUUCAGACAGCCAUCCCGAUGCUGCACCUCGACAAGGAUGUUUGGGGCCAGGAUGCCGGCGAGUUUCAGCCUGAUCGGUUUGCGAAUGGCGCCGCCGCGGCGUGCGAGCCGUCACACAUGUACCUGCCGUUCGGGCACGGACCCAGAAUUUGUGCUGGGCAGAACCUGGCGAUGAUGGAGCUGAAGGUGGUGCUCGUGCGCCUGCUGACCAAGUUCUCCUUCUCACGGUCGCCGGGGUACCGGCACGCGCCGCUGUUCCGGCUCACCAUCGAGCCUGGGUUCGGCAUGCCUCUUGUCGUCACGAAGCUUCCAUGAUCUCUCUCACUGCCAUCUGUAGCAAGAAGGUGCCGCACCUGAUGAAAACAGUGACGCCGCCACUCCACUGUGUUUGUAAUCGGCAAAGCGUUGCUUUCGUCGGUACUUUGUGCGGUGCAAGAUUCAGUAAGGUCAGAAAACAUUGACAAAGCAAGGUAUGGUUAUUGAUGACAUGGUACCCGUAUCUCCCCCAAAUGAUAUUUCUGUUGUCAGAAACCAAUUCUUUGCUCAAACUGAACUAUUAUUUUUAUUUCUAACAAUUUUUUUUUGGAAAAGAGGGGUUUCCUCGGGCUCCAUUUUAAUUAUAAAACGUAGCCGACAACAAUUGUAGCGCUCAGGUCGGACCCAGAGAUCGAACCAAGGCCAGGUUCAAAUUAUCCGUACUGAUUGUGCCGACUCGCAAGGAGCUUACAUUGAUGUAAGUGCCCGGCCCUGAAUUUCCCUGGGAUGCAGUUGACAUUUCUGCAGACACUUUCGAAUAGUAGCCCUGAUCCUUCUCAUUUUGAAAGUGAUCAGGGAGGAACGCACUGCAAAAGGUCUAUUGCCCCUAGCCCAUCAUCCAUUUGAAACAAUCUCUCUUACCUCUCAAUCUCAAGCCCAUGACUCUCAAACUUGAAGAGUUUGCUCUUGGGUGUUUCCUUGUUGAAAUCUACUGCCAUGAGGGUGUGGUCAGAAGUUGUUGUUGCAGUUGUCGUGGCUGUAGAAGGAAGAAAUCUCAGAUUCCAGUCAGCGUUAACUAAAAUCCUGUCCAACUUUACUGGUGUUGGCUCACGUCUCUCAUUCGACCAUGUGAAGCUACGGUUAAUCCAUCGCAUGGUCUCUGAUCCAGCGGUUGAAGCUCUCCAUCACAGCCCAAUUAAUAGGACCCCUAGACGUUUCAUGUGAAAAUCUGUACAUGUUGAUCCCCCAACGAAAUCCAGGGGCCGGUAAUACACGCAGCGGCCUGAUCCAGAGCUGGAAGAAAACACCUCUUUUGACCCAUCACAAGGAGCAGACAGUGAUGAGUGCAGCAGAACUGUUGUCUGUUGUUGGAGGCAGAGUGAAUUACUGACAGAUAUGCAGAUACUGUUCUUGGCCGCGAAGAUCUUGAGGCAGGCAUGGCAAUGACUGAGCGACAGAUUAGCCGGUAGUAUGAAGGAAGCCGCCUUCAGAAGAUCCAAAGAUCCAGCGUGUGUAGUAGCUUGCUUUCCUGCAGGCAU